ACCGGGUCGACUCACCCGGCUCAUUUCUACAGAUCUUCCAAAACCUCUCAGAUUCUGUUCUCCGUCUUUAUUCACUUUCUCUUCCAUUUCUUUAACCAAAACAAGUUCAAUUCAUCUUCACACCUCAACAAGCUUCAUCUCUCAAAAUACUGCUUUCUACCCCAGUUCCGGUUUUUAACUAGGCGCGCCUCCAAAUCAUCCGAUUCCAAGAUGUUUGGCUCUGCCGGAAUGUUUUCCAAUAUAGCUGUCUGCCUUCGGCAAAACUUAUCAUUUCGCGGUGUGCAAGUGCGGAAUAUAAACAUUGGAGGUGGUCUGGGAGGUGAGAUUCCAGAUAACAAGCGGCUUGAGUAUGCUCUUCAGCAUAUUCAUGGGAUUGGCCGUGGAAAAGCUCAUCACAUUGUGUGUGAGCUUGGAGUUGAGAACAAAUAUGUGAAGGACCUAAGCAAAAGAGAACUAUAUUCUCUUCGUGAGUUGCUUUCCAAGUACUUGAUUGGAAAUGAUUUGAAAAAGUUAGUUCAGAGAGAUGUGGGAAGGUUGGUGGGUAUUCAAUGCUACAGAGGGAUUAGGCACGCUGAUAGUUUACCUUGUCGGGGACAGCGAACUCAUACAAAUGCCCGCACUAGGAGGACUAUGCGUACUUACGGAGGUUCAAGAUAAAUGCUGCUCAAGUAACAGAUGAGUUGUGUUACUGCUCUGGUUUGAGCUUAUCAAAUAAGUUUUGUUAGGCACUUGAUUGCAUUAGCCAAAUCUACACACAUUGAACUUACCCUUUCAUGCUUAUUAGCUUAACAUUGCUUUGCAAGAAUGUCAGUUCUAGUAUUUGUAUUGAUGUUGUCUUGCUGGAUUUUGAAUUUUGUAAGAAUUGAUUUAUUCAAUCAACCAUUCAAUGAGAGCUACAUAUAUCACUUUACCGCGAGAA